AGUCAACAUCAUUCAAACGCUCUUAGUGGAAACUUCAGCAAGGCACAUGGUGUGGGAAUGCAAUGGAUAUACUGUGAAUUUCCUAUGUGUGUGCAAAUCAUCAGAUUAAGUAAGAGUGCAACUAAAAAGGAUUAAGGAAGGCUCUAAGCCCGCCAUGCAGGCGAAAUUGCCGUCUGCACUUUUCCUCACCGUGUUUUUAAUUUGGGUAACUGCCGUCACAUACUCUAGAGGUGAUGUAGAGUGUCCAGAGAGUGCAGGUUAUUGGACGUGUCAUGAUGGGAUAGAGGAAAUCCAUAGCUGUUGGAAAUGUGAUGGAGCACAAGACUGUGAUGAUGGGUCAGAUGAAUCCGAUUCAGAAUGUGUCACUACUUCAAGAAGAAGGAGAUCAACAGACAAUACUCCCUUCAAACCUCUAUCACCGUUCCUCAGAUGCAAUCCAAACUAUGAGCGGUGUCCAGGAGAAGAGCUGUGCAUUCCACUGUCCAAAUUCUGUGAUAAACAUAAAGACUGUGAACUCGGAGGUGAUGAGACCAGUUGUAAUGUGACUUUUUCAACAAGCUGUGAUAAAUUGAAUUGUGCGUAUAAGUGCACACAGACCAAAGAUGGACCGAAGUGUUACUGCGAUUCUAGUUUAUUCAUGAUGUCAAAAGAAAAUAAAUGUGUCAACUAUAACCCAUGUGAUUAUCAUGAAGGGAUCUGUGACCAAAAAUGUUCAUACAAUAGUUCCUCAAGGCAAUUCUCAUGUUCCUGUACAGAUAAUUAUGGGAAGGAUGGAACUCAUUGUAUUCCAUUGAAUGAACCAAAGACUGAGAAGACAUAUCUCUUGGUGGCUGCCUCAGAGGUUUUAUUACAGUUAAAUCUUACAUCAGAUCCCCCCACACUAAGUCACAGCAGUAAUGAAGCACAUUAUAUCAGAACUGUUGACUUUGAUCACAGAAAAAAACUAGUAUGUUGGAUAAUGUAUGAACCACCACCUAUAGCAAAAUCAACCAUGAAAUGUAUGAACCAGUCAACAACAUCCAAUGUCAUUGAAAUUUUCACUCAAGUCACAUUAGAAACAAUCGAAAACUUUGCCUAUGACUGGAUUACUGGAAAUUGGUAUUUUGUUGAUGUUGUCAAUGAUAGGAUCAUCUUAUGCACCUUUGAAGGGGAGAAUUGCGCAACCAUUCUGAAAUUUGAGGAUGAAACUCCACAGACUCUUGUACUGGAACCAAAUUUAGGGCUGAUGUUCUAUACAUUGAGAUCUAAGUCUAAAGGUUGGAGCAUAAACCAAGCCCACCUUGAUGGUACUAAAAGUAGUGCUUUAGUGGAGGGCAUAGAUGAGCUGAUUAAUCCAUAUGGAAUGACCAUCGACUACCCAAACAAACAACUAUACUGGGUAGAUUCCGCUAAAGGCACUGUAGAGAGAAUCAACAUCAAUGGAGAGACAGUAAAAAGAUACACUGUUACUAGGUUAGAGGCCAGGAAAUCAAGAGGCAUUUCCAUCCUUGGGAACUUUAUAUAUGUGACUGGUGAUGAUGUGAAGUUAACUCGUAUUCAUCGCUGGGAUAGAUCAGUCAAAGUGACCAAGUACAUGAACAUCAGGAUGCAUGAUUCUUACCAACUACAGAUCUACCAUCGACUGCGACAGCCCAUCAACCCAGAUGUCAACAUUACACAGUGUGAAGCUUUGGGCUGUAAACAUCUAUGUGUGAAUGUACCAUCAGAAGAUGGACUGGUUGCCAAGUGUCUGUGUGAAGCUGGGUAUCAACUGGCUAACGAUUUAAAGGACUGUACAAUGACUCCAGAAUGCAGUCGGUGUAAAAAUGGCCAGUGUGGAGAUACUGAUAAAAAGGACUGUCAGAUAAGCUCCAGCUGUGAGGAGGGAUACAGAAGAUGUCCAUUAAAUGAAUGUCUGAUGGCAAACUGGUGGUGUGAUAGAGAGCCUGACUGCAAGGAUGGGGCUGACGAAUUGUUCUGUCAUAUAAGGGAGAGAACUUGUGAUGAGAUGACAGAGUUUACUUGUGUUAGCAGUAGACAAUGUAUUGACAGGGAGUUCCAGUGUAAUGCUGUAGAGGAUUGUAAAGAUGGCUCUGAUGAGCUUGGCUGUGAUGUGCAUUGUGGUGAGGAUAAAAAAUUCCAUUUCCAAUGUGAUAGCAAAACCAAAUGCCUUUUCAAUGCCAGUAUUUGUGAUGGCAAACCAGACUGUCUUGAUGGCACUGAUGAAAAAAACUGUGGGAAAAACUGUUUGUCCAAUGAAUUCAGAUGUGGAAGUGGAGAGUGUAUCAAUAAGAGGUGGAAAUGUGACCAGGAAAGUGACUGUUUAGAUGGGUCAGAUGAAACAGCUUGUUGGCAUCAGAAAAAUUGCUCUGAGCAUGAAUUCAAGUGUGAGAUUGAUGGCAGCUGUAUACUAAAGAGCUGGCAAUGUGACAGAGAAUAUGACUGCAAGGAUCGCUCUGAUGAAGCCAACUGUACAUACCACACUUGUAAUUAUCCCAAUGUUACUUGUGGUAACAAUGAAAACACCAAGUGUAUCACCCCAAAUCAAAUGUGUGAUAACAAUACAGACUGCCCAGAUAAUAGAGAUGAAAAAGGAUGUAAAUCAGUUAAUAUUAGCUGUAGGAACCACAGUUGUUCUGAUAUUUGUCAUCCUGCCCCACCAGACCUUGUGAGGCAUCCUUAUAUCUGUCUCUGUCAACAGGACAGAGAACUGGGGUCAGACAACAGGACCUGUAAUCCAUCAAACAUUUGUCAGACAUGGGGUAUAUGUGGACAGAAGUGUGAGAAGUCACAGCGAGGGCACGUGUGUUCCUGUAAUAAGGGCUACCACUUGGAAUCUGAUGGCUUCACAUGCAGACCACUUGAUAAUGUGCCUGUUUAUGUAAUAUUUUCUAACCGCCAUGAGAUGCGCAGUGUGGACCUUACAAAUCACAAUUAUGCUGCCCUUGUAUCAGGCCUACACAACACAGUGGCUUUAGAUUUCUAUUAUGCCCAGCAAUAUAUAUUCUGGACUGACGUGGCAGAUGACAAAAUCUUCAGGGGCAAACUACAGGGAAAUGCCUUGACUGAUAUCACACCAAUCGUAGAUAUUGGGCUGGCCACCACUGAGGGUCUGGCUAUAGACUGGAUAGGAGAGAAGAUUUACUGGGUGGAGAGUAAACUCUACCAGAUAGAGGUCGCUGGCAUUAAUGGAGAAAAUCGCACCACACUUAUUGCUGGUAACAUGGUCAGUCCUAGAGCCAUUGUUCUGGAUCCUAGAGUCGGAACCCUGUUUUGGACAGACUGGGAUACAAACAGCCCUAGGAUUGAGACUUGCUCUAUGGCUGGAGAAGACAGACAUGUAAUAUUUCACAUCAGACGGAUUGUAGAAGGGGGUUGGCCUAAUGGAUUAACCAUUGAUUAUGACUUUAAAAGACUCUACUGGAUUGAUGCAAGAUCUGACUCCAUUCACACAGUGACAUAUGAGGGACAUGAUCAUCGUCAGGUUCUACAGGACAGAGAUAAUAUCAGACACCCGUUUGCUCUGACUCUGUUUGGUAACCAUGUCUACUGGACAGAUUGGGGCAUUAAUGCACUUGUCUCAGCUAACAAGUUUGAUGGCUCUAAUGUGACAAUAGUUAAACGAACCAAUACCCAGCCAUUUGACAUCCAAGUCUAUCAUCCCAAACGUCAGUUGUCAUCACCCAAUCCCUGUGCAGUAAACAAUGGAAAUUGUUCCCACCUAUGUUUGAUCAGUUACAACAACACAGUAGGUUGUGUUUGUCCUCAUCUCAUGGAGCUGGCCGCUGACGGAAAAACAUGCAAACCUGAUCAAAGUUUCCUGGUGUUUGUACGGAGAAAUGAGAUCCGUGGAGUUGACCUGGAAAAUGCCAAUUUCAGUGUUAUUCCCACCUUAACUACUCCAUAUGUUAACAAGCCCAUAGCAGUUGAUUACGAUGUCAGUGAUGAAAAGGAGGGACAUUUAUACUGGGCUGACCAAGAAUUAAAGGUCAUAAAUAAAUCACCUCUGUCUGGGUCAGAGGUCAAAACUGUCAUUGACUCAGGAAGAGCAUUGACUUUAGAUGGAUUUGUAGUGGACUGGAUUUCCAAAAAUAUGUACUUUUCCACCUAUAAUGACAAAAUCAAAAGGGGCACCAUUACAGUGGCCAAUCUAGAUGGGGCCUACAGAAAGGAGAUCUUUGUGAAGAAUAGCACCAAAGUCAACUCUAUCACGGUUAGCCCCAUCUCUGGAAAACUUUAUUUCUCUGUCUUUAAUGAGGACAACAUUUAUGGUGCUAAAAUGGAUGGGAGUGAUGUAAAAGCUGAGAUUACAGACGCCAACAGACCAACAAAUUUGAAAUAUAGUGAAGCAGAUGGCAGGAUAUAUUUCCUCAGUGAAAGGAAUAAUUCAAUAAUAGCCUGUGAAAUAUUAAGUAGUCUAAAAUGUGAAAAUAUUUAUAACUCAAGCAGUAACCAAUCAGAAAUUCAGUACACCAUGGCGUUUGCAGUAAAUGGUCAAAAAGGCAUCUUUAUUGCACAUGACCACAAAAUUGCAAAGUUGAGUAAAGGAGAGCAGGGCUACAGCUAUUCUAUUUUACGGGACAAGACAGAUGAUGUCAUAGCAAUGGCUGUUUAUGACAAGUCACAAAGAGUCAAUGAUACCAAUGCAUGCAGAACUAACAAUGGCGAUUGUUCUCAGUUGUGUCUGCCAGUAGGAAAAAACAAACGUGUCUGUGUGUGUACUGCCGGGUAUCAACGCAAAAAUGAAACUUACUGUGUCGGAAUUGAUUCCCUCAUCAUAUACUCUGCUGUGUCAGAGAUUAGGGGGAUCACAUAUGACCCCCAGAACAGUACUGAGGCUCUGCCCUUCAUCUCCCAGAUCCAGAAGGCCACUGCUAUUGACUUUCAUGCAGCACAAGACUAUAUUUACUGGGUGGAGACAUCACCAAAUUACCAGAUUGCUCGUAUCAAGCGUGACCUAACUGGAUAUGAGGUGAUCAUUUCGGAUGAAAUUGGUAGAAUUACAGAUAUAGCUGUCGACUGGAUAGCAGGUCAUUUGUAUUGGACUGAUUCUCAGAGGAAAGUAAUAGAAUUGGUACAGCUAAAGAAGGCCAGCUCUGAUGAAGAGCUCAGGAGAUACGUCGUCAUUCAUGAUGGCUUACAGAAUCCACAGAACAUCGUUCUAAACCCUAAAGAAGGCACUAUGAUUUGGAUGGACAGUAUAAGCAUGACUAUAGAGCAGGCCUCGUUAGAUGGAACAGAUCGUCGUAUUUUGAUGAACUUGACAACCUCCAACAUAUCUGGACUUUCUCUAGAUCAUACAAACAGAAAGAAGUUGUAUUGGUGUGAUAGACAAAAUAGAAUCAUUGUGAGGUUAAAUCUGGACACACGUGAAAAAAUUACAGUCGCUAAAUCGGUAGACUGUUAUUCACUCACAGUUUUCAAGACAAAAAUGUACUGGAUUAAUGUACCUCCAAGUUCUGAUGCCAGCAUACUGAGUCUCUCCAAGGAGGGAUCCUCAAGCCCAUCUACAUUAAUCAAGUCUAAGCUACCAAAGACUCUCAACAGUAUAAAGGUCUUUGACAGACUGGUACAAGCAGACCACGACAGUUAUUUACUGUUUUCUAAAGUAACAGCUAUUCAGAGCUUACAUAUGACGGGAAAUAAAAAUAAGCCAACAGAAGAAAUCUCUGACAAAAUUUUGAUCAGGAAUGUGAUCGCUUUGACUGCCGAUUACAGUCAGAGUAGAGUAUUCUUUAGUGAUAUUCAGCAGUCUAAUAUACAGUCAGUCUGGAUGGAUGGCUCAUCUUUUUCAAACAUUACUACAGUCAUUCCUUCGAUUGGUUCAGUGGAAGGCCUUGCAUAUGAUUCAUCAAACAACACUCUUUACUGGACCAGCUACACAAAUUCCUCUAUUAACCGUGUCAAGAUAAAUCCGGAAACAGGGAAUGCCAGCGGGCCUCCACAGAAACUGAUCCAGUUAUCCACUAGCGAUCAUCCGAGAGCUAUUGUUGUCGAUAGCUGUACACAACAUAUGUUUUGGACAAACUGGCACAGCAGUCAGCCAGGUAUUCAGCGGGCCUUCUUUAGUGGUUACAGUGCUCAGUAUAUCAUAAAAACUGAUAUAAGUACGCCAAAUGGACUCGCCAUAGAUCAUAAGGAACAGCUUUUGUAUUGGAUUGAUGCUCGACUUGACAAGAUUGAGAGGUGUGACUUUGAUGGAAAUAACAGAGUGGUGGUGAUGACGUCAAUCCCCCAGCAUCCUUUUGGUCUGGCCUUGUAUGGGGAUCAUCUCUACUGGACAGACUGGUUACUUCAUGCUGUGGUCCGAGUUAACAAGUACGAUAGCAAUGACUACGCCUUCCUAAGCAAGAAUCUGAAUAGACAGCCAAUGGGAAUUACUGUAUUUGCUAAGGAUGCCAAUGACUGUACGCAGAAUCCAUGUCUGAAUGCAGGAUGUUCUCAGAAGUGUAAGGUGGUAAAAGGAAAUGCAGUCUGCUACUGCAAUGACUCUUAUUUUCUACUUAAUGAUGGAGUUCGAUGUAUAAAAAAUGAGACCAUAGACAACUGUGGAGUUACAGACUUUCUGUGCCAUGAUGCAGAAAAAUGUAUCAAAAUCACUCAAACUUGUGAUAAAAUUCCACACUGUUUAGAUGAAAGUGAUGAAUCUGCUGUUGUUUGCAAUAAGGAGCACUGCCACUCCCAGUAUUUCACAUGUAACAACUACCAGUGUAUUCCUUUUGGGAAACAAUGUGAUGGGAAGUUUGACUGUUUGGAUGGCUCAGACGAGAGAGACUGUCAGUGUAACCCAGAUACAGAAUUCCAGUGUAGGAACAAACAGUGUAUUAAUAGGAAAUACCAUUGUGACAUGGACAUUGACUGUGAUGAUAACUCAGAUGAAAUUGGAUGUGAUUUCAACUGUUCUGCAAUUCAUCAUGAGGAUACUGCCCACUGGGUAUCCUGUAACACAACAUCUCUGUGUAUCAUGGAAUCCUGGAUUUGUGAUGGAAAACGAGACUGUCCUGACUCCGAAGAUGAAAAGAACUGCUCCAAUACAAGUAUAUAGCAUUCAGUAUCACAUUUUUUAUAUACAGAAGGUGAUUGUAAAGGACCAGACAUGUUUCUCUGUAAGGAUGGCAAUCGCUGUAUUCCCAGUGCAUGGAAGUGUGACUUAGACAAUGACUGUUUGGACAAAUCUGAUGAAUUAACUUGUGAUGAUGAUUGUGAUAGCAGUAUGACCAAAUGUUCUGAGGGGACAUGUAUACCAAAAUCUUGGGAGUGUGAUGGUCACCCAGACUGUUUUAAUGGAACAGAUGAAUCCAUUGAUGUCUGUAAUGUCAACAGAACCUGUAAGCAAGAUGAGUUUCUGUGCUUCUCCACCUUCCGCUGUAUAUCAAAAGACUGGCUCUGUGACGGCGACGCUGAUUGUCCUAACAGUGAGGAUGAAGAUGUAGCGAAUGGUUGUGAACCGCUGGCUUGUAGUGAUGACGAGUUUCAAUGUCAAAAUGGGAAAUGUGUUAAGAAGAUAUUUUACUGUGACUCAGACAAUGACUGCUUAGAUAACAGUGAUGAGCCGCCAUUCUGUUCCAAAGGAUGUGCUGUGGGUGAAUUUCAAUGCCAGCAACAUCACAAUUGUAUCAACAGGACAUUGUUGUGCAAUGGAUUUCCAGAUUGUUACGAUCAUUCUGAUGAGAAUACACCCAACUGUCCUCAGAAACCAGUGGAGUGUGAUUUCCUAUGUGACAAUAAUAAAUGUCUGAAUGAUUCCUUGGUGUGUAAUGGACAGAAUGAUUGUGGGGAUAACUCGGAUGAAGCUCCAAACUGCAAUUUUGAUGAAUGUAAAUUUAUGGAGGAAGCAAAGAGGCAUGGCAUUCAAACUAAUUCUCCAUAUUUUAAAAUCUGUCAUCAUAACUGCACUGAGAUGAAGAUUGGCUAUAAAUGCACCUGUCAUCCCGGUUAUGAGCUGGAGGAUAAUGAACACCAUUGUAAAGAUGUGGAUGAAUGUAAGACUGUGUAUCCCUGCUCACACUUCUGUGUAAACACCAUUGGGAGCUAUCAUUGUCGAUGUGCAGAGGGAUUCAAACUAGCAGAGGACUUAAAGACCUGCAGAGUCACUGGGUCCGUGAAACCAUAUUUGAUUCUGGCUAAUGGUUUUUACAUAAGAAACAUCAGCUUCACUGGUUCCCAGAAAUUAAUCCUGCAUAACCUGAACAAUGCUGUGGCUAUUGACUUUGAUUACGUGGAUCAGAUGAUAUACUGGUCAGAAAUUACAGCCACCAUGAGUAAAAUUAGUCGUCUGAACACUACUGACCAUAAAGUCACGGUAAUACAUAAUACCACACUAAGAAACCCUGAUGGUAUUGCUGUGGAUUGGGUUGGCAGGAACAUUUACUGGUGUGAUAAAACAAAAGAUACAAUCGAGGUAUCGCGACUGAAUGGAUGGUACAGGAAGGUUCUUAUUGACAAAGAAUUACAGGAGCCUAGAGCUUUAGAAGUUUUCCCAGCUAAAGGUUUGAUGUUCUACACUGACUGGGGAAAUGAAGCCCACAUUUCCUCUGCCCACAUGGAUGGCACUAAUGUCAAGCGGAUCAUCCACAGAGACCUCUCCUGGCCCAAUGCCCUGACUAUUGAUUAUGUCACUGAGAAAAUCUUCUGGGCAGAUGCUAACCUAGAUUACAUUGCCAUGGCAGACCUUGAUGGUAGUAAUCGACAUGUUGUUAUAGAUUCCAAUGUUCCCCAUGUGUUUGACAUGACCACUUUUAUGGACCAUCUGUUCUGGACAGACUGGGAGAGAAUGAAGAUAGAGACUGCUCACAAAUUCUCAGGGUCAGACAGAAAACCAGUGGCUACUGUGAUUCAUCGACCAAUGGGAAUCCAUGUGUUUCAUCAGAUGAAACAGACAGCUAAGGGAGCUAACCCCUGUUAUAAGAAUGGAGGGUGUGAGCAUCUUUGUUUACUGAAGCCCAGCAGGCUGGGGUUGACCAAAGUUUGUGCCUGUCCUGAGAACCAUUACCUGGCCAGUGAUAAUCGCUCAUGCAUCAUGAACUGUACCAGUUCCCAGUUUUACUGUAAGAGGAGUUCGAAAUGUAUCCCUUUCUGGUGGAAGUGUGAUGGAGUAAAUGACUGUGAGGAUGGCUCUGAUGAGCCACGUGAUUGUGAUGAAUACCCUUGUUCUGUACCUGGAGAGUUUAAGUGUGCACACAGUGGCAGUAAGGAUGCUAAGGACUGUGUCAAUCCAGUGGAGAUCUGUGAUGGAACCCCCCAAUGUGACAAUGGCUGGGACGAAGACCAGUUUGUCUGCCAAAAUUUCACUUGUCUUCCUGGUUUUACUAAAUGUGUAAAUGAGUCUAAGUGUAUCCCCAGCCCUGAUCUGUGUGAGAUGCCCAGCUGUAAUCCUGAGCUGCACAGUGUCAAGUGUACCAAUCAAAAAUGUGACUCAAACAUGUUUAGAUGUGCCAAUGGUCAGUGUAUUUCGUACGUGUGGUGGUGUGAUGGUGACCAGGACUGUCAUGAUGGUUCAGAUGAAGCGGUUAACUGUACGCUGGAGGACUGUAAGGCAGGCUUUGUGAAGUGCAACGAGACCGGUCGUUGUUACCCCGAGUCGUGGCAGUGUGAUGGGGAUGCUGAUUGUGGCCCGGAUGGUUCUGAUGAGAGCCCAGAUGUGUGUGGUAGGAAAUGUGACAAUGAGACUCAAUGGCAGUGUGAGAGUGGCCAGUGUAUCUCUAAAGUCUGGCAUUGUGACUUUGACAAAGACUGUCAUGAUGGCUCAGAUGAAAAGUACUGUAAAGGCGAUGAUUAUCGAAACUGUUCUGAGGCAGAGUUCCGUUGUGCCAAUAGACGCUGUAUACACAAGUCAUACAGAUGUGAUGGAGAGUACAACUGUGAAGACAGCAGUGAUGAAGCCAACUGUAACAUGACUCAUGCCUGUAAUCCAGAGACUGAGUUUUCCUGUAACAAUCUGUGUAUACAAAAAUCCUGGCACUGUGAUGGAGAGAUAGAUUGUCCUGGGGGAGAGGAUGAAAUUAACUGUUCCAUAGAAAAAUGUGACGGUGGCUUUAAAUGUGGUACUGGUGCCUGUGUGCCGUACUCCUGGCAGUGCGAUGGUGAGAAUGAUUGCUCCGAUGGGUCAGACGAGGAAUCACUUCACUGCAAGAAUUUUUCAUGCGGAGAAGACCGAUUCAAAUGCCACACCCACAUCUGUAUAUUUGCCAAUCAGCGCUGUGAUGGCAUUGACAACUGCGGAGAUGGCUCAGAUGAACGCUGGUGUAAACAUGAGCGAUGUUCUCUAGAUGAGUUUAUGUGCAGGAACACAUCGGAGUGUAUACCCAUGUCAAAAGUUUGUGAUAGAAAAAAUGACUGCUUUGUUAAAGAUGAUGAAAGCCCUACUUUGUGUCAAUCUGAAAGACAUUGCUCUACAAACCCUUGCCAGCAUUUGUGUUCUUAUUAUCCCUCUCUGGACAAAUACAAGUGCACAUGUAAACAGGGCUUUGCUCUACAAGAUGAUGGCUUCUCAUGUGUUGAAAUUGACCAGUGUAAGUCCUGGGGAAUAUGCCCACAACAGUGUAAAGUUGUCAAACAAUACGAUGUGCAGAGACCCGCGUGUUCGUGUGAUGUCAACUUCAUGUCAGGUUAUCUGAUGGGGACAAAUAUUCGUACAUGUUAUGCCAAAGGACCAAAGCCGGACAUUCUUUUAGCACAUGAAACUGAAAUCAUCAGAGCUGGUGUCGGGAAAGGUGGAGAUGAAAAGCCACUCAGUGUGAAUGAGCAUUCUCAGGAGAAGAUUCUGUCUAUGGAUAUAGAUGCCACAGACACAAAUGGAGAGCUCAUCCUAUUUACUCUACAGACCAGUUCAAAAAACCGCUCAACUCUGUAUCGUUAUGAAAUAAAUAAAUCAUCCAGAAGAAAAAGACAAAUUCCAACUAAGGUGAUUUCUGAGCUGGCUGAACCUCAUGGUCUGGCUGUAGACUGGGUGGGGAAGAAUAUAUACUGGACAGAUGCUCAGAUACAUAAAAUACAGAUGGCAACAUACAGUGGAGGAAAGAAGAGAACAGUUGUUACCAAUCUACACCAACCCCAUUCAAUAGCUGUCAAUCCUGAACUUGGGAAAAUUUACUGGACUGAUCGUGGAUACCCACCAAAGAUUGAGAGUGCUAACCUAGAUGGAAGUGGUCGCAAGGUGCUUGUUAAAGAUAACAUGAUCUGGCCAAAUGGAAUCACUGUAGAUUACCCUAACAGUCGAAUUUACUGGGUGGAUUCCAAAAAGCAGACCAUAGAAACUGCUGAUAUGGAAGGAAAAGACAGACAUGUAGUCCGACAGUUUAACAAGACAGCCAAAGACCCACCUUAUAUGCUAGAUGUGUUUGAAGAUUUCCUGUACGUUACGUUUUACAAAAGCCAUAAUGUGACACUGAUCCACAAGUUUAACAACUCCUUUGUCAAAGAUAGAGUCAUGUUUAAAAACCUGAAAUAUGUUGGUGAUAUUGUGGUUACACAUCCUAGCAAGCAAAAACAAAUCCAAAAUAACUGUGCAUCCUCCCCUUGCAAGCGUGGCUGGUGUAUCAACAUGCCCCUGUCCAUUGGCGCAAAGUUUAAGUGUGUGUGUAAUGAUGAUUCGCAUUACAAUGAGGAUCAGGGCGAGUGUGUCUUCUAUAAGGACUGUGUCAAUGGAAAUCGCAAUCCCACCACUAAACAGUGUGUCUGUCCUCUGAGAUUCACUGGUGCACUAUGUGAACAUGACUUGUGUAAAGACCACCCCUGUGAAUUAAACAAAGAGUGUUUUGUUGACCAGAAUAAAAACAUUGGCUGUCGAUGUCAGGAUGGCUACAUUGGGAAAAGGUGUGAAAAUCUGUGUUCAGAAUAUUGUAAAAAUGGAGGAAAUUGUACAACAGAUAGCAAAGGAAAUACUGCUUGCAGUUGUCCAGAAAACUACACAGGGGAACAAUGUCUAACAGAAGUAUGUGACAACCAAUGUCAGAAUGGUGGAAAGUGUGUAUUAGACCGCUUCCAUUAUAAGAAGUGUAAUUGUACAAAUGGCUUCACUGGAGCUCAUUGUGAACACAAGCCUUCAUCACCAUGUGCAAACUACUGCAAGAAUGGAGGAAAAUGUAAAUUAAGUGACAAUAAUUUACAAGGAUCAUCACCCUUGUGUGACUGUCUGCUUGGUUAUAAUGGACAGACUUGUGAGAGGAGUGUUUGUGAUAACUGGAAGUGUGGUAGUGAAGGAACAUGUGUAAUCGAUGCAGAAGGGAAUGCAAAGUGUAAUUGUACGAUAUUCUACUCCGGUAGUAGGUGUGACAAUUGUACUUGCUUAAAUGGAGGAAAAUGUUUAGAGAAAAAUGGAAAAACUUCAUGCAGCUGUCCUUUAACUUUCACUGGACAAUUGUGUGAACAUAAAGCUGAGGAAAGACCCAUGUCACAAUCUUCUGAUUCCACGGGCAUUGUCAUCGGUGUUGUCGUCGCAAUCAUCCUUAUCAUUGCUGUCAUCCUGAUCAUUAUUGUCAUCAUUGUCAAGAGAAAAAGACCCAGAAAACCUAAAAGCAGGAAUCCCUUCAAACACCAAAGAAUGAAUGGGAUGGAUGUCCCGAAUCCCAUGUAUCGGGAACGGGAAUCAGAUGAGGAGGGCAGAGAAAUGAACCCUCACUUUCUACAGGAACAUGAGAAUUUCGCUAAUCCUAUGUAUGACCACCGCCUUUACCAAGCAGAGAGUACAGAUGUACUGCUACCAAAGGAGAGUGAUCAAGAAAACAAUAUUAUUGAGGGCAACGGCAAUCUGCGGAUAUAUCGUAAAAAAGACAAAAAUAAGGGCAAAGGGGGCAAAAAGUGAAUGGUGCUGCAUGUGACAAAUGCUUAUAACUUCAUAGAUUUGGACUCUCCCAUAAGAGAGAAAGCUGUCAUAGAAAUGCCUAGCACAGUUUGCUGUUUGCUGUUGAGAUUUACGUGAGAAAAAUUGACUUUGCCAAAGAUUUCUUUAAGUAAUGUUAAUUGCAUUACAAAGAAAAAUUGAUUGCAAUGUGACAUGAUUGUUUUGUAGGUUGUGAAUUUUAAUCAUCAGGGAAAAUAAUCUCCAUUUUUUAUUUUAUCCUUUUUUCAUGGUUUGUGAACAGACAGGAGUCCUAGUGACAUGUUUACAAAUCUUCCUGAGGAAGGAAAUUGAAUUAUAAUUUAUUCCUGUGUUUGAGGUCAUUUAAAAGAAAAACUUCUUCAUUUGGAAAUUUAUCACAGAUACAGGCUAUAAAAAAUAAUCAUAUUGUCCGAAAAGAAAAAUUAAAUAUAAAAUUUAAUAUGCAUUAAUUAAAGCUCAUAAGGCUUCCACAAAUUGACAAUCCAGCAUUUUUGUUUUUACAAUGGUGCUAACCAAACUUUUAUUUUGGAACAAGAGUGAAAAUAUUUUUUACAGUUAUUUUGAUAUCAGUUAAACACAAUGUUGACUACUUAAUAAUGUUUAAAACUGUUUAAUAUCUGUUGUGGUAUAAUGCAUUAAUAGAUGUUUAAUAAUUAAUCAGAUGACAGUGUUGAUUGGAGAAUUUCUUUAUUUGAUUACAAAUGUUGUUGUGAGUUUAGAGUUUAAUGCAUUGUUUAAAUAGAGUUAUUUUUAUUAAAUGCACAUAUGAGUGGGUAUACAAGUCAUAUCAUUACAUUUUUUUCAUUGACUUAGUUUCUGAUUUAUACAUAUUUUCAUUAUGCCACAAAGCAAAAAAAGCACUGUAUGUGUGUUUAAGUAUUUAUACAUUUCAUCCAUCAUGAGUGCAAAAAGUGUGUUGAAUUUCAUUUAUACCUGUAAAUACCUGUAGUUCUCUACCUUUUUUUAAUUAAAAAAAAAGUUUGUUGUUCACUGAAAAUUGAAUAAAGGGCAAAGUGUAUAAAGAACUGGCAUGAAUUAAAUUACAUGUAUAUGCCCUUGUAUGAAAACAAGUUAAGUGUUGUGAUUUAUUAAGUGCUUACAUUUAUAGCUAUUUCAUGUGAAAACCACCGCUUGUAUUAAUCACAAAUCAAAUCAUUACAAUCAAAUAUUAGAUGCCAAAUGUGGAUAUGGCUUAUGUUGCUUCUGACUCUCGGUCCAGCGGAUCAAAGCAGCGAAUGGCCUCUGUUGAUCUUCUCCUGACUGACUUUAAAUCUGUUGGCUUCAAGCUAUGCAAUACCAAUGAAGCAUUAUUGAUGUUGUGACAUGAAUUAACAGUAUUUUCAGGGUUUUUUGAAAAUUUUCCUCACAGAAACAAUGAGCAUGUUACUGAUAAAAGCAAAGAAAAAAAAGAGACUUUUGGUUUGCAGUUUGUAAGAUCUGCUGUUUGUAUAAUUCUAAUCCGGUGAGUAAGGAUCUGAAGUUUUACUGUGCUCGUAAAAAAGUUAAUUGUUUUGAAAAGUAUUUAAUUUUAACUUAGUUCAUACAUUCCAAAAACUUCCUACAAUGUAGUUUAUCAUUAAGGACCACAAAAAAACAGCCAUUGUUAGGUAGUCUAGAGGAUAUAGCUUUAAUGUAUUCCACAGAUAUUGUUAUACACAGAUUUCUAUUUUAUAUGUUAUUUUUUCGGCCUAUUGGUCAUACUUAGAAGGUAUACCAGAAACCUACCAAACAUAUCUAUAGUAUUAUAAGUGUGCUGAUGUGUCAUCUUUGUUGUCAUCGUGUGUGUGUUUUUAUGUGUGUUCCCAUGGCUCCAUUGAAAUCUGAAAUAUGUUGGGGUUUUUUUUAUCCUAAUUAUUUUACCUGUACAUGUGUAUUUUACUCUUGUAAGUUGACAUUCUAGGUUGAGCGAUCUUGUCCUGAAAUUCAAUGAUUUUGUUUUUAGUUUAUUAUCAUAUUGUCCACUACAAUUGUAUACUGUUUUUAUGAUUGUGUAAUAUUUCCCAAUAUGCUGAUUUCUGUAAGUGAAUAUGUUAUUUCAAUCAUAUCAUGUGGUGUCCCUUAGAUUCACAAGAAUAUUGAGCCCUGGUACUAUAAAUAAUUGUUAUUCAUUGUGUACAAAGAGAAUAUAUUCUUCGAACCAUAAAGUUCACUAUGUAAGCACAAAUGCAAUGUUAAUAAAGUGCUUGAUAAAUAUUGUGUUUGUAGAUUGUAUACUAAACAUUUCAUGUGAUGAUCUGAAAACAUCUUUAUUUUUAGUUUAUUAUGAUUAGUAAUUAUAAAGAAAAUAUCUCCUUUCAUUAUAUGUAACCCCAUUUUUGUACAUUCCAUGUUAUUUCUUGUGCUUUUCUCUUUGAGAGAAAUUAUUGAAUACAAACUGAAAUAAAUUCUGCUCUAGGUUAA